AUGGAAGCUAAGCAAAACAAAUCCUUAGAUAAACAGACAGUGGCGAAUACAACAAGGACGGGUCCAGAAAGUUUCCAAGGAGCGGCAAAUCAAGAAUAUGAGUUUGUAGAUGUAUCAAAGAAGCAGACGAGUAAAUCAUCUUUCACGAGAAAGAUUAAAGUGCUAAUAAUAUCCUAUUUUGAUUACGGAUUACCCCAAAUAGGAGACAUUCUAACUCGUCAUGGUGACGUGUUUUACUUGAACGAGCCUCUUUAUCCCUUCGACUCUGCGUCGCUUAAAGAUGGGGAAGAGCCCAUUUCUCGAAGAUAUAUUGCUGAAGCUAUGGAUUACCUAACAGAGCUAUUUGACUGCAAAAUAUUUGACUCUAAAUUUGGAUAUUCGGAUGACAUAUUGAAGAGAACGACAAGGCAUGCUUAUUCUGCGUGCAAUAAAAACCAAAGAAAUGUCACGGAUUGUGUUGAAGCUUUUUGUAUGUCGAAGAAGAUAGUAAUGUCGAAGAUUAUUCGAGUUUACCUUCAAGAUUUGCAAAGUUUUAUUAUGAGAAAUAGAGGAAAAGUUAAGGUUCUAAUUAUCCAAAGGGAUCCGCGUAUUAAUCUUCACCAGCAUAACAAAAAGUUCCAUCCAGGCUGGACGACUGCUUCAGACAUGUUCUUCCAGGGCAGGGGUUUAUGCUCCAGAAUGCUCCAUGAUGUGCAGACUGCUAAACGUUUAGAAGGAAGUGGAAAUAGCAAUUUCUAUAGAGUUGUCCUCUACGAGCAUUUUCUUAAAAGCCCAGAGGUGAUGAUUAAGAAUAUAUUGUCGUUCAUAGGCGUGGAAGAGGGUUCAGAGAAGGUAAAGAAGAUGCUUCGAAAUUCCAACGCGCAGAAAGAUAUUCGAAAAGCAAAACUCAGCAAGUGGGACUCCAUUCCUGAUGAUGAUGCUGCUUUAAGUGUGGACAAAGCUUGUGCGUUUUUCUAUAAGAACUCUUUGUAUAAUCCCAUGAAGCUGUCCAUGGGUUUCGUACAACGGUAUAACUUGUGCCAAUAUUGUGAUUAA